AUGGUGCGGUGGUACGAGCGCAUCGCAGUCUGGCUGAACGCCGGGGCCAGGAGAUUGUGCGCCUUGCCCCAGUUGGGUUCGUGGUUGUACGCAGUGAACAGUCCGUCGCCGCCGAUUCCGCGGAGUGCUUUGACUCCAGGGCGCAAGGUGCUUCGCGAACCGGGACUCGUCGGACAGUUCUGCCACCAUGUCCGCGCCCGAGGCGAAGACGAAGCGAUUUCCAGGACAUUUCUCCUCGAAGAUCGGGCCGAGUUCGCGCCCGAUGCUCACGGAGUUCUGCAGCGGCGUCCGGAUAUUGAUCCCGAGGACGUCCCCGAGGACUGGCAGGCGCCAUGCCGGGAUGCGGAAUCCGGAGCAUCGGUCGUCGCCUCUGGAGUGGUGUCGACGCUCAUGGUGUGUCCCCGGCAGCGGCGCACGCAGUUGCUCGACAUCGGCGCGCAACUUUUCGCCGAUCGUUCGUACGAGGACGUCUGGAUCGAAGAGGUCGCCGAGAUUGCGGGCGUCUCGCGCGGGUUGAUGUACCACUACUUCCCGACCAAGCGAGACUUCUUCGCCGCAAUCGUCGAGCGCGAAUCGCAGCACCUGCUCGAGGUGACCGCACCGGACGCGACGCUACCGGUGCGCGAACAGGUGGCAGCCGGGUUGGACGCCUACUUCGCGUACGUGAAGUCGCACAGCAGGGGACAGCAGAUUCGAAUCCUCGACGCACUGGAAUUCGAGGGGGAAAGAAGACAGCUCGCUGCCGUCGCAGUUCGGGGAUGGAUCGCAUUCGUCCGAGCUGUCUGCCUCGACUGGCUCGAUCAACCUUCCAUACCGCAGGAAGAGUUGAGAGUGAUUUGUCUGCGGACCCUCUCCGGAGCGUUGGGCAUCGACCUCGAAACG